UCAUCGCUGUUUAAAUAAAGUUUUUAAAGGCUUUUUUUUAUUUCCAAAAUGGCGGAGUACGAUCUGACCACUAAGAUUGCACAUUUUUUAGACCGGCAUUUGGUCUUUCCGCUGCUGGAAUUUCUCUCUGUCAAAGAGAUCUACAAUGAGAAGGAACUUCUCCAAGGGAAGCUGGAUCUUCUCAGUGACACUAACAUGGUGGACUUUGCCAUGGAUGUAUACAAGAACCUCAAUUCUGACAAAGAAAUUCCACACUCAUUAAGGGAGAAAAGAACCACAGUGGUGGCCCAGCUGAAACAGCUCCAGUCUGAAACUGAGCCUAUUGUUAAGAUGUUUGAAGAUCCAGAAACUCAGAGACAGAUGCAGUCCACCAGAGACGGGAGGAUGCUGUUUGAAUAUUUAGCAGACAAACAUGGUUUUCGUCAGGAAUAUUUGGAUACGCUGUACCGUUAUGCUAAGUUCCAGUAUGAGUGUGGCAACUACUCAGGGGCCGCAGAGUAUCUUUACUUCUUCCGUGUGCUUGUUCCCUCCACGGACAGGAACGCUCUGAGCUCUCUGUGGGGCAAACUGGCUUCCGAGAUCCUCAUGCAGAACUGGGAGGCAGCCAUGGAGGACCUGACACGAUUACGAGAGACCAUCGACAACAAUUCUGUGAGUUCUCCUCUCCAGUCGCUGCAGCAGAGGACGUGGCUCAUACACUGGUCUUUAUUUGUCUUCUUUAACCACCCUAAAGGCAGAGACAACAUCAUCGAGCUGUUCCUCUAUCAGCCCCAGUACCUGAAUGCUAUUCAGACCAUGUGCCCUCACAUUCUGCGCUACCUGACCACGGCCGUAAUCACCAACAAAGAUGUGAGAAAGCGACGACAGGUCCUCAAAGAUCUGGUCAAGGUCAUCCAACAGGAAUCAUACACAUACAAGGAUCCUAUCACAGAGUUUGUGGAGUGCCUCUACGUUAACUUUGAUUUCGACAGCGCUCAGAAAAAACUGAGAGAGUGUGAGUCGGUGCUGGUGAACGAUUUCUUCUUGGUGGCCUGCUUGGAAGAUUUCAUUGAAAAUGCACGACUGUUCAUCUUCGAGACAUUCUGCCGGAUCCAUCAAUGCAUCAGCAUCAGCAUGUUGGCAGAUAAGCUGAAUAUGACCCCAGAGGAGGCCGAGAGAUGGAUCGUAAACCUGAUCCGCAAUGCCAGACUGGAUGCCAAAAUUGACUCCAAACUGGGUCACGUGGUGAUGGGCAACAACGCUGUGUCGCCGUAUCAGCAGGUGAUCGAGAAGACCAAGAGCCUGUCGUUCCGCAGUCAGAUGCUGGCCAUGAACAUCGAGAAGAAGAUCAGCCACAGCAGCAGGAACGAGACUCCGAACUGGGCGGCUCAAGACACUGGCUUCUAUUAGACUGGAAACAGCGGAUCAACUUACUCCUCAACCUCAUCUUCGUAUUUAACUAACCAUCCUUUAUUUAGUCACGUUUUAUGUUAGGAGCAUUUUCCAAAAGACUGAUGGAGACAUUUCCAGCAUGACAAGAGCUCCGGAGUUCUGGGAUGUUUCCGUGAAUUUUCUAUAUUCUGCAUGAAGGAAGUAAUUUACCAGGCAAGACUUUAUUAAUUAUUCCAGUUCAGUGUCAUUUCAAAGGACAUUUUUCUUUUCCCUAAUGCGAGUCAUUGUCUUGAACAUCAUAACAUGACAAUGAACAGUAAAAGUGUGUUUCUGAACACAUUUCCAAGCAUCUUGCGAAACACUUUUGGAAUCUUUAAUGGUUAAAGGGGAAGCGUGUCAUUAUUGGGAGCAAUUAAUAAGGAUUGUUUCCAAAAAGGUUCUACUAUUGUUACAUCUUUAAAGACAUUGUUCAUUUAAGGCGAUGUUUGUCAUGUGAGACCACUUAAACUCACAGGAAAAAAAUGUUUACCGUAUUUUUCGGACUAUAAGUCGCACCUGAGUAUAAGUCGCAUCAGGCCAAAAAUACGUCAUGAUGAAAAAAUAAACAUAUAUAAGUCGCACUGGACUAUAAGUCACUGCUCAGGAGC